GUCCCGAACCACAUGCAUAUGGUCCCGAUUCAAAUGAAUAUGCUGAAAUAGGAUCUACGGGUUACAAUUUGCCACCUAUAACUACUCACGGCACUCACGGCACUCAUGGCACUCUACUCACAAGUGAAUAUCAUUCAACACCACCGAAACAUGUCAUCAUUCCUGGUGGUGAGAAUCAAGAAGUCAUGAAGAAUAAGGGGACCAUUUUUGCUGACAAGGAUUCGAUGAACGUCGGUUCAGCUCAGAAAAAUAUCGGUUCGGAUGGAAAGACUAUUGAGCAUAGAGUAUUACCGGUAAAGGGAGGAAGCGGAUCAACGGAAACAAAAGUGAUCAAGGAAUUUUCUACAGGGAAAAUGAUACCAGUAAAGGGAGGAAGUGGAUCAGCGGAAACAAAUGUGGUCAAGGAAUAUUCUACAGGGAAAAUGAUGCCAGUAAAGGGAGGAAGUGGAUCAGCGGAAACAAAUGUGGUCAAGGAAUAUUCUACAGGGAAAAUGAUACCAGUAAAGGGAGGAAGUGGAUCAGCGGAAACAAAUGUGGUCAAGGAAUUUUCUACAGGGAAAAUGAUUACACCAUCAAAAGCAACGAGUGAAACGAAAAUAAUUAAAGAAGGUAAUGUCAUAACUAAAAUUACGACAGUUACGGAUGAAAACGGUGUCACCACUAUCACCAGAGAAACUGAAUACGAGGGUCCUACAGAGGUCACCACCAUGAAUUAUGAGGGUCCAGAAAGAGGAUACACUGGAGGAGCUGGUGGAGCUGGUGGAUACGGCACUUAUACCACCACUGACACCGCCACUGAUACCACCACCGAUGUCUCCGGCAACACUGACAAUUUGUUCUAG